CAUUUCAUUUCCUCUUCAAGCGACGUCUAGAGUUUAAAAGGCUAGUUUCGAGAAAAAUUCAAAUAAGAAAAAGUUGUUACUAAAAUAAAAGAUCCAAGGAGAAAACAUUGCGGUUCCAAUUCACAACCAGAAAGUCUAAGGACGAUUCAUUGACUCUCUGGCCACCGUUCGUGGAGGAGCGAGGUCCAUUUUCGUUGUCGAAAGGCCAGCUUGGACUCCAGAAGAUUUGCACGCCUCUCCUCCCGGUGACUUGCGUCUCCGCCCUUUGCAGACCGCUUUGGAUUCAUUCCUUAGACCAGAACAGAAGAAGCUAGAGCCACCACUAACAACCAAGUAAAAGAAAGGUGUUGAACAGUUGGUAUUCAAAGUGAUUUGAGGCUGUACCAAGGUCUGUUUUGCAUAAUGGAGGCUGUGGAUUGGGAAAAUUCUUCAGGAGUAUCAAGUGAUACUGAGGAAUAUUUGCAAGAUACAAAAUAUGAGGAUGAUGAGGAACUCCAUUUUACAUCUGGGUUUAUAUCCAAGUUGCAGUUUAGGAAAGAUAAAUCCAGGGCUCAUUGGAUUAACGAAAUGGGAAUGGCUGAGGUUGUAGAAAACAAGGGUAAACUGUGGAGGACGAUGGGAGUAGUUCGUAGUGGCAAGAUUUAUUACUCAAUUGAGGAAACUUUGUUUUUGAUGGAAAUAGGCGCAUUGCUUCUCUUGGAUGACAAUGGUACAAGUCUUUCAUUAAAUGAUAUAUAUGCAAAGGUUAGUGGAGGUUCUUGGGAGCUAUUUGAGGUUUAUAGGCACUUGAAAUCUCUUGGUUACAUUGUUGGGCGGCAUGGCAUUGCUUGGUCUAUUAAGGGUGCUAAGAGUAACUGUCAAUCUGUUUCUCUUCAAUGCUCUCCACAAAGCAGUGAAGUGGUAAACUUAGAAUCAGAAGAUGAGAGUUCCAUUGUUGGAUCAUUUAAUAAUAUGCAUAUUAAUGAAGCAAGGCCAGUUUUUGAUGUCUAUCUCCCAGAUAGCAAGUUUAGAAAAUCUUCUCCGGGCGAUCCAAGCUUUGUGAUCUGCUUAACUAGGGGUGAUCUACCAUCCAUAGCAGAUAUUGAAGUCCUUGAGAGGCAAUGUGGGGCCAUUCCUUUGCGGUUUUGUCAUGUAGAGUAUGGGCGAGUCAGUUUCUUUUCCUUUAAUGAAGAGGAGCUUCCUAUCCUGCCCUGACUAUUUGGAGUGGGGAUAUUGCAUGUAAGAAUUCAAUGAGUUGGCAAAAAAUGUAAAAAGGGUUCAAACGGCGGUUGCAGAUGUGUGGUGUGGCAAUAUGUUUGGGACAAGAGAGGGUCAUGGAACUAGAUAAUUUAGGUGGUGUCAAGAAGGCUCAAGCCAUGUACAUGAAGCUUGAUGUGGUGAUUGUCGAUUUGGGUUCUUUUCUCGGCCGGAUGAUAUGAAAAUUCUGUGCCUUUAUUUUAGGUGCUUCUACACAUGAUCAUCGCAAAGCCACCACAUGGCAUCAGGGUACCAUCAUGUCAGCUCUAGCUAUGUCAGUGUACGUCGCCUGUGCCCGGGGGUUGUUAGAGAUAUAUCAUGUCCCUAGAGGACCAAACCCCAACGGCCCAACCUAUUGUUAUAGAUCCAUGUACUUGUAAAAAAAGGCAAAUUAAUCAUAGGAUUAGCCUAGGGUCUUCUAGUAAAUAAACCCUAUAUUUAGAUCAUUAUACAUGAGUUCAAUAGUAUUGACGUAGCCGUCAAGGGUUUUUGCC